GAGAAAAUCAAUUCAUCAAAAAGAGAUCAGAUCAACUCACCAACAAGAGAUCUUAUCAACUCAUCAACAAGAGACCUCACAAGCGUUAACUCUGAAAAUGAUCACCAAAAUAGUGAAGUAACUGAGAAAAGACACGUGUCAAAAACUGACACAAACGAGGCGUGUAAUUGUGAUAGUUUCGACCAGCACAGCCCAAGUACCAAACAAACACAAGCCCAGUUCAAUUCAAUAAAUACAAGGAGCGAUCUUUCUCAUACAAGUGAAAUUCAAAAUGUUAGUUCUAACCAGGUUUUGUAUAAUGAUAGAAAGCCUUCAAAAGCCAGAGCAGAAUGCGACAUUGUUAAAGUGCAUGGCCAUCAGUAUACUGCUUCCAAUCAACACGAAUCCAUUAAGCCUUUCAACAAAAAUCCACAAAACAGGAAAAGUAAUUUGCUAGGAAUCGAAACUUCACGUUCAAUGAUGCGUGCCAAUAAGGGAG